AUGCGAAAUUCUCACGUAAGAUCAGUCCGUGUUGCCCUUGCUGUAUUUUUAGCAAAAUUACGUUUGGCUUUAAGUAAUCGAAUUUUAGCUGUUUUAUUUCAUCUUGACAACAAAAGAGUUGUUUCUCAUAUCAUCAGCCAAGUUCGUAAAGCUUUAAUGAAGGAGUUUGUGCCUUAUCAUUUGAAUUUGCAACAUAUUAAUCGUCAGACAGCUAUUGAAGAACAUCAAACAGCCAUUGCUACUAUUCUUCAUACUAAUAAACCUAAUCAAUUAUGUGUUGUAGCUGAUGGAACUUACAUUUUCAUACAAAAAUCUAGUAACAAUCAGCUCCAAAGAAAAUCUUAUUCAAUGCACAAACAUCGGAAUUUAGUCAAGCCUAUGAUUUUAACAACUACAGAUGGGUAUAUUUUAUGUGCACUUGGACCUUUCUUUUCGGAUUAUAAAAAUAAUGAUGCAUCUAUUCUUAAACAUUCCUUAUACAAAAACGAACAAGAUAUCAUUAAUUGGCUUCAUAAGGAUAAUGUAUUGAUAGUUGAUAGAGGUUUUCGUGACGUAAUACCAACAAUUAAGCAUUUUGGUUAUGAAGCUGUUAUGCCUUCGUCUUUAAACAGAAGAGAACAACUCAGUACUGAAGAAGCCAAUUAUACUCGAUUAAUUACGAAAGUUCGAUGGAUCAUUGAGAGUGUAAAUGGACAAAUUAAACAAUGGAAAUACUUCAGUCAGACAAUCCAAAACUCAUCACUUCGUUUUAUCAGUAAUUAUCUUGACAUUACUUGUGCCCUUAUAAAUGCUUUCCGUCCACGACCUGUGUCUGAUAUUCACGCAGGUUCUGAACUGGCUUAUCGUAUGCUUGAAAAAUUCAAUGAGCAAACUAAUAUUCAAGUCCGUCUUUCUCAAAUUGCAAAAGAAAGAUCCGAUUGGAAGAAAUAUGAUGCACAGAUGUGUCUUUUUCCCGAGCUAUCUCAAGAUGAUGUUCGUAGUUUAUGUUGCGGAAGUUAUCAAGUAAAACAGGCCAUAUCAUAUAUCCAAGAACAUUUAACACCAUCUCCUCUUUACGAUGAUGAAUUUGAAUUUAUUGUUCAGCUUUCUUCAUAUAAUGAUGAUCUUGUUCGAGCCCGUUUCUCUUCUCGUUACUCAAACAACAAGAAUUACAUUGCUGUUAUACAAUAUGAUAACAAAAACACAGAACAACCAAUAAAUGGUUGGUAUUGUACCUGCACGUCAGGAAGACGCGAUGUCGGCUGCUGCGUACACGUAGCAGCCCUAUUGUGGCAUCUCGGUGUACGUCGUGCAGAAAUAGAACUAAACACUCAUCCUCUUUCAGCUAGUGAGAUAUAUUCUGAAAUCAUCGACAGUGUACAAUUUUCGGAUGUCGAAGCUACUGAUGAUGAGGAAACUAGCAGUGAUGAUGAAGUAUAG